AUGGCUGUAUUCGAGAGCCGCAUGUCCUUCCUACAGCCAUGGGCUCCAGAGAAAGGCAACCCGUUCGUUCGUGGCGCCCCGGCAGAGGGAUUCGAAACCCUCAACUACUCUAACCAAGAACACGCAGUCAAGAUCACGGAUGCUCGGCCCAACAUGGGCGAGUACGACAUUAACACGCACGGUUUUGCCUACCAUCAUGAUGCGUCCAUCACUGCGGACCUCCUCGAGGCUCUGAGGGCCAACGACAAGGCCGCCGUCGCGGCCCAGUACUACCCGCUUGUCGAGAAACUCGUCAAGGAAAAGACGGGCGCCAAUAGAGUCGUGAUCUUCGACCACACGCUCCGGCGGCGGGAUCCGGCCUUGGCCACGACAGACAAUCCCAAUGGCCGAGAGCAGCCGGCCAGCCUGUUGCAUCUGGCUUAUUGGAUCGAUACAGAUCCUCCGUCGGCGCUAUCCGCCGCGUGCACCGUCGCCUGGGCGACGAGGCCGACCAUCUUCUCCAGGGCCGUGCUCAGAUUAUCAAGUAGUGAGACUGCUUCCAUCCAAGUAUCUCGUGACCUCGAUCAAGCGAACACGCCCGUCCCACGACGGCCACAUGGACUGACCUUUUUCCGCAGCGUGUGGCGGCCUCUCCGGGGCCCGGUGGAGGAAUGGCCGCUUGCCACCAUGGACGGCCGUACUCUGAAGGAUGGGCAUGUGCAUCCUACCAAUAUCUUCAAACACCAGUACAGCCUGCAGGGCCAGACGGUCAGCAUCAGCUACGCGCCCGAGCAGCGCUGGUUCUACCUGGACCACCAGGACACUGACGAAGUCACCUUCAUCAAGAUCUGGGACAACAAGGACGAUGUGAAGUCGAAACUUUGCGCCCACUGCGCUUUUCCUCAUCCCGAGACCCCGGAGAAUGCUGCGCUCAGAGAAAGCAUGAAGGUGCGGUGCUUGGUGUUCUAUGAAGAGUGA